AUGUCGCACAUGGAAAACCCCCUGGCGACGCCAGACCAACUAUUCCAGCGCCGCUCCUUGGGCUCCCUCCCCAUUGACCUCCAAGAUAUCAUUUUCUUCGCGACACAAUGUCUAACCCAAGCCGCCGGUCUCCUCCUUCAACUUCCACAAUCCGUCACAGCACAAGCCAAUGUGUUGCUGGCGCGAUACUGGCUCGUCGAGCCGAUGAUGUCACACGAGUUUAGUGAGGUCUCAGCAGCAAUCCUCUACCUCACCGCCAAACUCUCCCCCCACCCUCGCUCCCCCCGCGACAUCUCCAACGUCUACGCCUACCUCACCUCCCCCUCAUCCUCCCUCUUCCACCACCCCUCCGCCGCACCACCCCCGCCAAUACCAAAUCCCCAAGACUCAUCAUCAUCGACCCACUACCUCUCCGAAUCAACUUACCAAGCCUUCCACACCCGCCUCCUCGCCCUCGAAGCACGCGUCCUUUAUGCCUUGGGCUUCGACACCCACGUUGCGCUGCCUUAUUCGUUGGCCGUGACUUACCUGCAAGCUCUCGAUUUCCUCACAAAAAACGCCCUAGCCCACCUAACCCUCACCUACCUAACAACCGCCCUCCUCUCCCCCCAACACCUCUACCUCACCUCCCCCCCCUCCUCCCUCGCCACCGCAGCCAUCUACAACGCCGCGCGGGACUUGGGGGCCAAGAUGCCUGCGUGCGAAUGGUGGGAGGUGUUCGAUGUGGACCGGGAAGAACUGGGGUUUUUGGUGGUGGGGAUGAGGAGUGUGGAGGGAUGGGGGAGGAGGAUGAGGGGGGAUAUGGAGGGGAUGAUGAUGCGGGGGGGGGGGGGGGGGGGGGGGGGGGGGGGGGUGGUGGGGGGGGGGGGGGGGGGGGGGGGGGGAGGGGGGGGGGUAUUGAGGCGGGGGGAUGUGGAGGGGGAGUUGGGACGGAGGGGGAUUAGGGUUGUGCCAUCGGUGGUGUCACCGGUGGGGGGAGGGGGAGGAGGAGGAGGAGAAGGAGGGGGGGAUAUGGAGGAGGAGAUGGCGAGGAGGAUGGAUGAGAAGAUGGCUGGGUUGGAGGGAUAG